AGAAUAGAUCUUCAACUUCUUGAUGCCUCUACAUCAUCUAGUGUCUCUUUUGCAGCUCAACAUCCAAGAAUCUUGUGAGCUCCUUCGUUCUGGAGCCUAAUCCUAUAGAUGAGGUGCAUGCAUGGCCAAUGCUUGACCAUCAAGCAUGUGGCCAUGAUCUAGGCCCAACAUGAUUCAAUAAUCAUUGAUAGAUUAAAUAAUCAUUGUUUGGCAUGUGGCCUUGCCAUAGUUUUCUUCCUUUGUUUUGUUUUUCUGGUUAGACGAUGAUCAGUCAGGAAUCUGGAUCGGAAUUAGAAAAAGCACGAGUACCCUCGUACUCACGAAUUCUUUUCUAUAAAUAUGCGAGACCAUAUAUUGAACAACGUACACACAUGCAAGCCAGCUUUCUCGCUCUUCUUCCUCCCCCAACCUUACGACUUUGAUCUAAAGUCUCUCGUUGUUUUAUUUUCAAAACUAUGGCCACUGAUAAGAUGCUGUUACUUAAUCUGAAAGCAUACCCUCACGGCCAACUCCCUUCUAAAUUUCAUCCCCGUUUUUCGGUUCCGACGGUCAUGAUAAACAGACCAAGCUACUGCACAACGUACAAACGCCAACUUAUACUUACCUGUCCUUCUUCCUCGAACGUCACUCGAUUUGUAAUAGCCAAUACUGUGGCCGCCAGCAGUGAGAUGCUGCUUUCUACAGCAGAGCAACCCAUUUAUGAGGGUGGGAGCGGCGUGUUAACCCCUUUUCAUGCUGACCAAACUACUCUUGAUGCCGGCUCUAGUCUUUUGUUUGUCGUCGAAAACAUUCUUAACCAAGCAGCCCAUAUGGCUGAUACCGCUUUGCUGGGUACUCAGGAUUAUUUGGAGAAGCUGGAUGAAAAGGUGUCGAAAGCUAACUUCAGUCCCCGCCUAUUGUGUACAAUCAAGCAAUUUUUCUCCAUGGAUAAGGAGAUCGUUUUAUCGGAACUAUUGGUCAUGGCUCAAAAAAUCAACGUCACCCUCAACUUGCAAGAGAUGCAGAAAGUUAUACUCUGCAAUAAACAAAUAGAAACACACAAGGAAAUUGUGAAAUCUUUCACCGGAAUGAUUUUUGCUAAGGAUAAUGAUCUGCAGCCUCAUACCGAGUCCGACGGUUCUACGAACAAAAUGCUUAGCAUGGCAACGGCAAAUGAUCCACUUGGGGAUCAGGUGGAACACCCAAAUGUGUUCGCUUUAAGUAGUACCUCGGAUCAAAACCCUGCAUUUCGUCCGCAGCCAAGGGCGGCACCCUUACUUGCAAAAGUACCGGCGAAAAGCGUGUACACUUUCUACUACGCAAGCAUGAACGUAGCAUGGCUCGACGAAUUUUACAAGAAAGCUACUGUUGUGGCUAAUGAUCCGUUCAUAAAGGACAGCAAAAGCCUUACCAUAAAAUUUUGCAGGAUUGGAGACCACUGGAUAGAGAAGCAGGUACAAGUUUUGUCGAAACAAAAGGGCUGGGACAAGGUAUGCCCAAAGUUUUUGCAUAACGAUCAGUACUCUAGCCAUACUGGACACUUUGCGCUGCUCAAAAACAACUCUGAUGUGGUUCUUCAAGGUCGUGGCACAAAGAUUCUGAAAGCCUUAGGGGACUUUCAAGAACAAUGGAGGAAGAACUUGCCAUCUCGUAACUUCGAAAAAAGUCUCGUGGACCACUAUAAUAAGCUCCCUUAAGCUAAUAUAUUGUAUGUGUAACGCUCCAAUAAAUUAAGCACAUGCAUACAUAUAUGCAUCUUGAUCGAUUACGAUGGUAAUCUGAUUUUAAUAUUUUGAAAAGUAUUUCAAAUAUGUAGUAAUGGUUUAGUGUUUGUGUUGUAAUAACAGGGGAAGCCUCGCGCAUCCUCUUAACGCACGAAACUUUGCUAGCAAGCACGCUGAUUUAAUUAGUUUCGAAUAAUUUUACUCUUUAA